AUGGACCUCGAGAACGGCGAGCCGCCAAAACUGUACGGCGUCAACCUUCAGCCACCGGCACCGUUCGACUUCGCGAACCCGGCAACAUGGUCGACAUGGCUCAGCCGCUACGAAGACUUCACCGCGGUUUCGGGACUGACAAAAGCGUCGGAAGACGUGCAGGUACGCUCGCUACUGUACUGCAUGGGCCCGGAGGCACGUCCGCUCCUCGAGACGCUCUCGCUCGACGCCGAGUCGCUCGCCUCGUACCAAGUUGUUGCCGCCCGCUUCACUGAGCACUUCGUGCACCCGGCCAACGAGCUCUACGAGUCGUCGCGGUUCCACAGGCGUGUUCAGCUACCAGGCGAAAGCGUCGACGCGUACUACGCGGAACUGUGCAGGAUGGCGAAGCGCUGCAACUACCAGUCAGCUGCUGUCGAGGAAAGGCUCGUACGCGACCGGUUCGUCGUCGGCCUCCGUGACUCUCGCCUCUCGGAUCAGCUGUGCCGAAACGCGAAGCUGACGCUCAAGGAGGCAUGGACACAGGCCCGUCAGUCCGAAGACGCCGACAAAGAGAAGGAGUUGACCCAGAACCGCACCGAGCACGCACGCGAGCUCAACCUCGACGCCGCGAAAGCCAGCAAGUUCGCCUCUCGUCGCCGCUCCGGAGCUAAGCCUACUACGUCGCAGCCGCCAGCCGAGCGCUCUCGCGAGCCGUCCACGUUUUGCCGCUCGCGGAAGCACCAGCAGAACAAGCUCGGCUCCGUUCACCUGCAUGCCGUCGGCACUCCUGCCGCUGCAAAGUUCGUCGACGUGACCGUUGACAACUACACAGCGCAGUUCAAAGUCGACUCCGGCGCCGAAGUAUCUGCUGUACCCAGCGACUUCCCUACGCUGCCUGCCAAGCUCGACAAAGUCGACAGUCUGCUCACUGGCCCUGGAGGACAGCCACUUCGCGUGCUAGGCUCGUAUCUGACUCCCAAAGCAACGCUGCACGCCGAGCUCUUCAAAGGAUUGGGCACUCUCAAGGACGAAUACGUUAUUCGGCUGAAACCCGAUGCCGUGCCCUUCUCGCUAAGCGUCCCCAUCCCGUGCCCUUCUCGCAGGAUCCCCAUCCCGCUGCUCGAGGUCGUCCGCCGCGAGCUGGACAAAUUGGAAAGCGCGGGAGUGAUCCGCAGGAUCGACAAGCCAACUCCAUGGUGCUCUGGCCUCGUUGUCGUCAGGAAAGACGAUGGUUCCUACCGGCUAUGCGUCGACUUGACUCAACUCAACAAAGUCGUCCUCCGCGAACGGCAUAUUUUGCCAACGGUUGAGCAAGUCCUUGGCCUCCUCGGUGACGCAACAGUUUUUUCAAGGCUGGAUGGGACCGCAAGCUUCCAUCAGGUGAAGCUUUCUGCCGAUUCCCAAGAGCUGACGACAUUCAUCACCCCAUAUGGCCGAUACUGCUUUUGCCGGCUCCCCUUUGGCAUCACCUCCGCUCCCGAGUACUUCCAGAAACAGAUGGCAAGAAUCCUGGAGGGCCAAGAAGGUGUCGCCAACAUGAUAGAUGACAUUCUGGUUUUUGGACGCACCCGCCAGGAGCAUGACGCCAGACUGAGCCAGGUGCUAUCUCGUCUUGCAAAAGCAGGCAUCACGUUGAACGAGGACAAGUGUCGCUUUGGGGUAUCUGAAGUCUCCUUCCUCGGUGUUGUCGUCUCAGCUAAGGGUAUCAGGCCGGAUCCAAGCAAGGUUGAAGCGGUCAAAGCUAUGGAAGCUCCCACAGACGUCGCCGGUGUUAGACGACUGCUUGGAAUGGUGAAUCAUCUCGCCAGAUUCCUGCCACACAUCUCGGACGUCACAGCACCCAUCAGAGCCUUGCUGAACAAGUCUGCGAGUUGGGCACAAGAAUCCGAUGCAGAGUGCAAGGCCCUCAUCUUCUUCUGCCAGCAAGGUUGGCCACGAAAGACCAAGCUACCUCUGCAUGUGUCGAAGUAUGCCUCCGUGGCGGACGAGCUCUCUGUCUGCGACGGUAUCCUGCUGAAAGGCCCCCGGAUUGUCAUCCCAUCGUCUCUUCGGCCAGCGGUCUUGACGCUGUUGCACGAAGGCCAUCAGGGCAUCAACAGAACCAAAGCCCUAGCUCGGGAGUCAGUUUGGUGGCCGGGUAUCUCAGCAGACAUCGCCUCUCUCGUCGCCAACUGCGAACAGUGCGCUUUCACCCGGGUGAACCUUGCAGAACCCCUAGUCUCCACAGCUCUACCUGGACGUCCCUGGGAAUUUCUCGGAAUGGACUUGUUCCAUCUCAAUGGCCAGACGUUCCUCCUGGUGGUGGACUACUACUCGAGGUUCCCCGAGGUGGUGACCCUGAGAAGCACUACAGCUCGGGCAGUCAUCGAUGCUCUCAAAAGCAUCUUCGCAUCUUCAACCAUACGACCAGUAGCCCACACUAUGCCCGGUCAAACGGAGAGGCAGAGAGGAUGGAAAGAUGUCGUCGCCAAGGAUGUAGCCUACAAGCGUAAGCAGACAGACGACUACAAUAGGCAUCACGGAGCUCGAGACCUGUCACCUCUCGAAACGGGUCAGCGUGUGUGGGUGCGCCCUGAUCAAGUGCAAGCUACGGUCCUCAGUCCGGGGCAAAGGCCAAGAAGCUACGUGGUUGAAACAGACCGAGGUGGUGUUCUACAGCGCAACCGCCUUCACCUAGUGCCUUUCGUGCCUUCCGCCUCCGGUGAGGAAUCGCUGCCAACAGCUGCACAGCAACCAUCGCCACCGCAGCAAGUUCUUCAGGAACCUCAGCCUGCCAACAGCGUGGAACCUGCGGUCCCCCCAAGGGCAGCCUUUGCAACAUUCCCCAGCAGCCAGGGACCGUAG